AAUUCUACAGUGGAGUACUGAUGUUGACUGAGGGUGUGAGAACUGAAAACUAAACUGAGAAAGAGAGCAAGAAAAAUAAACACAGAGAGAGAUGGGGAGAGGGAAAGUGGAAUUGAAGAGAAUCGAGAAUAAGAUAAACCGGCAAGUGACCUUUUCGAAACGACGGCUCGGUCUGUUCAAGAAAGCUCAGGAGCUCUCUGUGCUCUGCGAUGCCCAAGUUGCCCUUAUCGUCUCCUGCAGCCGCGGCAAGGUCUUCGACUUUGCCAGCACCAACGAUGUAAACGAAAUUCUCAACCGGUACCAACAAAGCUGCUAUUCCUCACAAGACAAUGUUGCUGAGAAUGAAACACAGAACUUAUAUCAAGAAGUCUCAAAAUUGAAAGUCAAAUAUGAAUCUCUUCAGCGUUCGCAAAGGCAUUUUCUUGGAGAAGAUCUUGAAAAACUUCGUCUGAAAGAAUUGGAAAAUCUUGAGAAACAGCUUGACAGAACUCUUUCACAAGCUAGACAAAGGAAGACAUUUCCUGGUUUAUAUAUGCAGAUGCAGAUGAUGUUAGAUCAAUUAGAAGCACUACGCAGAAAGGAGAAUGAUCUUGAAGAGAUACAUAAUCAGCUAAAAUCUGAGCUUGAAGAAAGGGAAAAACAUAGCGACAAUGAUAAUGAUGAAGCAUUAAUUCAAGGUCGUCCAGGAGGAGAGCCUACUAUAGCUUCUAGAGCUUCUCAUGAAAACAUUUCUACUAAAACGCGCUCUGCGCGCAAAUGCUAAUCAGCAAGAGCCCACCUUACACUUAUGAAUAUGUUCGGGCGUGAUUCAGCAGCUGCAACCAAUUAGGGCCUUGGCAAUUUGGCAUCCCUGAAAUUAUUCAUGUAUUGUAUCUUACAGCAAUUAAGUUGCAUGCAGGUAUAUAUAUAAUGUGUAAUUUAAUCAAUGUGGCUUCCUGGCCUUUUUGAGUAGGGUCAAAUCAGUAUAUAGGGGAUUAUAAGGCACUUAAUAAUUCGUAAACUAGUCCAGAAAAAAAAAAUUGUAAACAAGAAAUGAUAUAUUAUUGGAUUUCAUUGGAUGCUCAUGACCUAGCUAGGUUAGGUGACUUGGGUCAUUCGAGUUUGUCUCAGUUUUUAGCAUUCUGUCCAAGAACUUUGUUACAGUGGAAAGC